UGUUCAUAUACAUAUUUUCAUAUUUCUCGAUCUGUAAUGACAUAUAUACAUAUUGUUCAUCAGAAAAGACACUGCCUCUGUAUAUAGACAUAAAAUACAGGUUAAUGCAGCAAAUAUGCAUAAUAAUAUAUACACACACGUUAAAUAAAAAAAAAAGUAAGACCUAUAUACAUAUGCAUAUACACAAUACGUAAAGUCACAUACAAACGUAAACCAUUAGUAAAUCCACGACCUGCCUUUUCUGCAGUCCAAUGAGUCCCGGUUCAUUGGGAAUCGACGCCUCAUGGAGUACUUCCUUGACGGCGAGAGAGCCUUCGCGUACGUCGACCACAACACGAGUCAUGUCGCGGUCGGUUUUCAAGGAUAGUCUUUGCGUUAGAUUUCUUAGAAGGUUAUGGACGAACACGGCGGAUACACAGAAACUGAAAGAUACACACACACACACACACACUCACACACACACACACACACACACACACACACACACACACACACACACACACACACACACACACACACAUACAUACACACAUGCAUGCAUAGAUAAUUUCACAUUUUGGUUAUUCUUGUUAUGAUUAUUAAAAUGAGUCCCUCGUUGUCAUAUCUUUCAGUAUCAUUGGUAAUAUUAUCACAUGAGUAUUUUCACUUUAAUUAUUUCCAGGUGGAGUUGAAAUUUCGAAAUCAGUUCCUGUAUUACGUCGGGAACGUCAUCAUUCCAAGCCUCAUGCUCACGAUCCUCUGCUACGUCACUCUCUUUUUCGAAGAGGAUGACUUCAAUGUCAGUUGCUGUUCGUUUUCUUUCCCUGUCGAUUUUCUUUGUCGAUUUGAAUCUCAUUCGUGAGAAUAUACUAACGCUGAAUCCAUUUUGUAUUCUACGAUAAUUUCCAUAUGUAAUGUUGUCCUUUCGUUAGUAAUGACUUUCUCUUAUUUUGAGCAUCGCAUAUAAACAAACCUUUAUAAUCGCGAUCCCUCACCUCCCCUUAGGAUCGCAUCAUGGUAUCCUUAACGUCUCUCCUGGUCCUGGUCACGCUCUUCUCAGACUCCGGCAAGUCGAUUCCCAAAACGGCCUACUUCAAGCUCAUCGACGUGUGGUUCAUCUCCCUCAUCUGGGAGGACUUCUGCAUCAUCCUGUCUAUCAUCUACAUCGAGGAGGUCCGGCAGGCGUCCCGCUCGAGCCCGAAGGUGAAGUCGGCCUCAAGCAUCCCCAUAAUUCCUUCAAGUCUCAAAGGAGGCAAAGAGCGCCACGUUCGAAUCAAUGACAUCGUGACUUGGCUCUUUGCUGUUACUUUACUGAUCAUCAUUGUUGUCAUUAUUCCCCUGGGUGUCCAUGGGUUAACGGUGGAAGUAGAUAUAGAUUUCAAGGAAAUGGUGUGAACUCUGUAAAGAUCGAAAAAUAUUAAGGUUCGGUGUACUGUCGUACUGAGAGCCUAGAGGGAAUCAGUAGGAAUUCCCUCGGUGUACUUGGAAUUCUCUCAUUAACUGUAGAUAUGACUGUAACUCGAAGAAUGAAAAUAAUGCACAAUUUCACAGUUUUUGCUUGAAGUUCAGAAUGGGAUUUUUGAUCAUUUGAUUGAAUAUGUGAGGCAAGAACACUUGUCUAAAAUAAUCAAGUCAAUUAAACCCAACUUCCAUACAUUGAUUACAGUUUGUUCCAUCUGAUAUUCAUCUAUAUUCACAUUGAAUUAUAUCACUUUCACUUAUUUGUCUUCCUAUCCUGUGCUUGCAAUUCUAAAACAGAGACCUCAAACUAGGUCUUAGCUUUUUAUCCCAGCUGCUAUAUGUAACAGAGCCGAAAUUAACUUUCCAAUAAAUUACGUAAACACCCAACGAAAUAUGGAAACCCAGUGUCUAAAUGCGCCCUCUUGGGUCCAGGUAUAUAAACAGUCUAAGCACGGUUUCUAGUUUACCAUAGUCUAAACAAACCUGGGGGCCUAGAGACAACCUAUAGACCCUAAUCAGAUUUGCCUUAUCCUGGAUUCCUUAGCCUAACCGAAACUAAGAAUCCAUUUCUAGAGACCCUAACUUUUAAUAAAUCCUGAAACUAACCAAAACAAGCCCGCAUUCUGGUCCUUCAUUGAGGACAUAGGCCUACUCUUUAUCCAGUUGACUUUUGUUCUGUCGACAUCUGCGCCUCUGCACACAAUUUUUCAAGAAGUAAAAUUUUCCUCAUCAGCCAAAUUAAUUGAUCAAUGGGUCAAAUAGGGUCAUUAGUGAUUUAUCCAGUUGACUUUUAUUCUGUCGACAUCUGCGCCUCUGCACACAAUUUUUCGAGCAGUUAAAUUUUCCUCAUCAGCCAAAUUAAUUGAUCAAUGGGUCAAAUAGGGUCAUUAGUUAAGCUGCCUUUCCAUACAAGCGUGAUUUUUUUUUCAAAACUAAGCAAAACUAUCAUAUACUAUAUACAUGCCGAUAUGACUUCAUCUGCAAUUUGUUCACAAAUGGAAAAUCAGAAAAUAUACCUAUACAUCAUAAUUCUGUUCUGAAUCAGAUUGAACUAAACAGAAAGAAAUGACACUAAACAGAGAGCACAUUACACAAUCAAUUACGUUAUAUAUACACGUUAGACAGUCCCUUAUUGCUAUGUAACGGUUAACACUAUUUAUAUAGACCCAAUGCAAAGGAGAGGAAAAAUGUUCUCGGUCGCAGCCAAACUAACAGAGAUAAUACUACUCUAAAUCAUGCCUUAAAUACAUGAUUAGAAUUCAUCUUACCUUACAAACGUCGAACACUGACGUUAACGGCAGCAUAGAGGUCUGGUGUAGUGCAAUGCUAUCCCACCCAUUUAGCCAAUGUUGCACAGUAAUUAUCUGGUAAUUCGCCACUAAUUAUCUGUUGACGCGGCAGAUAAUUUUAAAUCAAUUAAAUAUCUGGUACUUAGUUCGUCCCCUGAGUCUAUAUAUAGAGUCUUAUUAGUUACAUGAUGAUAUGUGAUAUAUAUGUAGCUUAUAUGUAUCUCCCUCUGGUGUCUAUGAGGUCGGGGGGGGGGGGGGGGGGAGGAUUCAUCAUGGUAGUCGUAACAUGCUUCCUUUUAGCUCUGUGGGAUUUCCUUUGUUGCAUGCACACAGGAGGGCAUCUACUCUUUUAACCCCCACCUCCCCCUGUUUCUAUGCCUCUUCUGUGAGGGAUUAUAAAGUAUCACUUGAUUUGCACACGCACACGCAUAUGUACACGUACACGUACACACACACACACACACACACACACACACACACACACACACACACACACACACACACACACACACACACAAGCAUAUAUAUAGACAUAUGAACACAUGCACAUAUAUACAUAUAGCCUAAGCACCUGGUAUAACGUUUCUUUUUCAUUUUUAAAGGAUAUGAGUAUUUUCGAUAUUUGCAACAUUAUAUUAAAAAAACAAUGUGCUAUAUCUGCAUUUAUAAAAUGAUUAUAUUUUCAAGACAUUGAAGACGUUUGC